AUGGACCUGCCUCCGCAGCUUGCCUUCGCCCUCUACGUGGCGGCCUUCGUGCUGGGCCUCCCGCUCAACGCCCUGGCCAUCCGGGGUGCCGCGGUGCACGCCCGGCUCCGCCUCACUCCCAGCCUGGUCUACGCCCUGCACCUGGGCUGCUCCGACCUGCUGCUGGCCGUCUCCCUGCCCCUGAAGGCCGUGGAGGCCCUGGCCUCGGGAGCCUGGCCCCUGCCCGCCGCACUCUGCCCGGCCCUGGCCCUGGCCCACUUCGCCCCCCUCUACGCCGGCGGGGGCUUCCUGGCCGCCCUGAGCGCCGGCCGCUACCUGGGCGCGGCCUUCCCCUUGGGCUACCAAGCCAUCCGGAGGCCACGCUAUUCCUGGUGUGUGUGUGUGGCAAUAUGGGCCCUUGUCCUCUGUCACCUGGGGCUGGUCUUCGGGUUGGAGGCUCCCGGAGGCUGGCUGGGCAUCGUCACCCCAGUCAACGACUCCCCGGUGUGCCUGGAGGCCUGGGAGCCAGACUCGGCCGGCCCGGCCCGCCUCAGCCUCUCCCUGCUCCUCUUCUGUGUGCCUCUGCUGGUCACGGCCUUCUGCUACGUGGGCUGCCUCCGGGCCCUGGCGCACUCGGGCCUGAGCCACAGGCGGAAGCUGAGGGCGGCCUGGGCGGCCGGCGGGGCCCUGCUCACGCUGCUGCUCUGCUUAGGCCCCUACAAUGCUUCCAACGUGGCCGGCUUCCUGCUCCCCGGCAUGGACAGCCACUGGCGGAAGCUGGGGCUUAUCACAGGUGCCUGGAGCGUCGUGCUCAAUCCGCUGGUGACUGGUUACUUGGGAAGGGGUCCUGGCCCUGGCCGGGGGACGGUAUGUGCAACAAGAAUGCAAGGAGGGAUAUCCCAGAAGUAG